AUGAACAAACACAACUCUAUCUAUCUAUCUAUCUAUCUAUCUAUCUAUCUUAGUACUUCAUUCUAUAUAUCUAUCUUCCUCUUUCUCUUUCUUUUUAUCUAUACUUGUUGGUUUUUUUCUUUUUCUUUCUCUCCUUCUUUAUUUAUCUACGUACUUUUCUUUCUCAGUCUAUUUUUUUUAUCCCUCUCUCGCUCUCUCUCUAUCUAUCUAUCUUUCUAUCCAUCUACUUUUACUUCCUUUUUUAUUUAUGUCUUCCUGUGUUUUUAUUUGAAUUCUUUCUUUCUUCGCAUCUAUCUAUCUAUCUAUCUAUCUAUCUAUCUAUCUAUCUAUCUAUCUAUCUAUCUAUCUAUCUUUAGCUUUAUUCUAUAUAUCUAUCUACAUGUUUCUCUUUCUUUUUAUCUAUAUACUUCUUGUUCUUUCCUUUCUUUCUCAGUCUUUUUUUAUCUAUCUAUCUAUCUAUCUAUCUAUCUAUCUAUCUAUCUAUCUAUCUAUCUAUCUAUCUAUCUAUCUAUUUCAGUCUGUUCAUAUAUAUUUAUCCCAUUCUAUUCAUUAUCUAUCUAUCUAUCUAUCUAUCUAUCUAUCUAUCUAUCUAUCUAUCUAUCUAUUACAUUUUCGCAUUUCAUUUUUAAUUUAUCGAUCGGGCUAUUCAUUUUAUCAUUCUUUAUCUAUCUAUCUAUCUAUCUAUCUAUCUAUCUAUCUAUCUAUCUAUCUAUCUAUCUCAGUCUAUUUCUUUCUAUCUAUCUAUCUAUCUAUCUAUCUAUCUUAGUAGCUUCAUUCCACACCUUUCUCUUUUUUCUCAUCUAUAUACUUCUUGUUUUUUUCUUUCUGUCCUUUAUUUAUUUUCGUCCUUUUCUUUCUUUCUUUCUCUGUUUUUUUCUAUCUAUCUAUCUAUCUAUCUAUCUAUCUAUCUAUCUAUCUAUCUAUCUAUCUACAUCUUUUUCUUUUCUUUCUUUUCUUUUCUUUUAUCUACCUUGA